AUGGAAGGGGCCGGAAGUGGCGGGAGGGGGAAACGGGGCGCGAAAAAGAAAGGCGGGACGGAGAAAGUGAAGAAGGAGCUAAAGGGGGUGAUGAAGGCUGUGAUUCGCGAAGGAUCGGGAUUGCCGGUGGAGGACGGUCACCAGGUGGUUUUCCACUGCACCACUCGUGCGGCUUCGGGCCACAUAUGUGAUUCCACCCGAGCCGAACAUGGAGGGUCGGGGCGGCCGCGGCGAGUGGUGGUGGGGGAGAGCCGGCUGGUGGCAGCAUUGGAGCACGGGCUGUGCACCAUGCGGGAGGGCGAGGUGGCACUGUUCAAAGCAGAGCCCUCAGCCCACUACAGCGACCCUGCCUGCCAGAUAAAGCCUCCCCCAGGCGUGCCUGCGGAUGAGGAGCUGCAGCUGGAGGUGGAGGUGGUAUCUGCUGCUGCUGUGUGGGUGCUGGCGGGGAAGCGAGAGAAGAAGGAGGGUGGUGCAGAGGGAGAAGGGGAGGAGGGAAAGGAGGCGGAAGAGGAGGAUGUUGUGUGUGGGUAUGAGGAAGACGAACGGUUUAUCACGAAACAGACGGUUGAAGAGGGGAGAGGUUGGGAGCAGCCGAGGCCGCCGUAUGAAGUCAAGAUCAGGCUGGAGGGUCGCCCUCUGGGCUCGUCAACGCCCUUCUAUGCGCCUGGCACCGCCUCCUCCCCUCCCCUGCACCUCGCUCUGGGCUCAGCGUGGCUCCCGCCAGCGCUCGAUCUCGCUCUCUCGCACAUGCUCACAGGGGAGAAGGCCGUCGUCUUUGCCUCCUCCCCCCACACCAUCCCCCCUGCGCCUGACACCCCUCUCCCUCCACCUCCUCCUGCCAUUGCCCCUGCUCCGGGAACUGCCGAGCCUGACGCUAGGAGUGCCGAGGGUGAGGCUGGGAGUGUCGAGGCUGGGAGGCUCGGGCUGGCUGCUCCGGUGGUUGUGGUGCCGGCGCCACCAGAGGGGGUGGUGGAUGUGGAAUAUCAUGUGCAGCUGGUGAAGAUCGUGCAGGUGCGAGACGUGCUGGGCAACGGGUGUGUGAUCAAGAGAAGGCUUCAAGAUGGGACAGGCGACUUCCCCAUGGACUGUCCGCUGCAGGACUGUGUGGUGCACGUGCACAUGCGCGGCACACUGCCAGAUCAGGGCGGGGCUGAAUUCAUGGACACACGCAAAGGGAGCGAGGGCGAGGGGCAACCUGUGCAGAUCGGCACAGGGGAGGGGAGGCUGCCAGAGGCGCUGGAGGCGAGCAUUCGCCUGAUGCUGCCGGGAGAGGUGGCGCUGGUCUCGAGCACGGCGCAAUACGCCUAUGACUCCUUCCCCAGGCCAGAAGGGGUACCGGCGGGAGCGAGGGUGCAGUGGGAGGUGGAGCUGUUUGGCUUCGAGCGGCCCAAGGGCUGGGAGGGGCUGUCGUUUGAAGAGAUUCUCGCUGAAAUUGACAAAACCAAGCAGUUGGGGAAUACGCUGUACAAGGAGAAGAAAUAUAGCCACGCAUGCAGCAAGUAUGAAAGGCUGCUGAGGGAGAUGAGGCAUGUGCAUCCCAAGGAGGGCGAGGAGGCAAAGCAGUUCAACACCGUGCAGACCGCUCUGCAGCUGAACGUGGCAGCAUGUCAGCAUGGCAUGGCGGAGUAUGCACGGGCCAUAGAAUGGGCGGACAAGGUGCUCACGGAGCAGCCCAACCACUCAAAAGCACUCUACCGGAGAGCAUUAGCUCGCAUCCACUCCGCUGCCUUUGAUGAAGCCAGGGCCGACCUCCAACGGAUGGUUAAGGCAGACCCAUCCACACAGGCAGAUGCCACUGCUGCUCUCGCCAAGCUCAAGAAGAUGGAAGAGGUGAGAGGUUCGACAGAGGUGAGAGGUUCGACAGAGGUGAGAGGCUCGGCAGAGGUGAGAGGUUCGGCAGAG